AUGAAUAAUUACACUCUUAAGCAUCCUACUACCAUCGGUAGAGACUAUAUGGUUGAAAAGUUCAAUCAAGCGUUCCAAAUGAAUAUAAAUUAUGGUUUCUUCAAAAACAAGCUUGAUGAAUUCAAAAAAUGUUACAAGAGGUGGAAGUUUCUUAUGCAUAAAACUGGCAUCACGGUUUAUCCUGAUACAUCAAUGAUCUAUGCAUCUGACACAUGGUGGAAAGAACAAGAGCUUGGAUGCAAAUUAACAAAAAGCUUGAACCAACGACCGCCUGAGUUCUGGAACGUAAUGCAACGAUGUUUCGUCUUAUAUGAUGUUCAAUCACAAUCUCAACAUUCUGCUCGCCAAAGAAGAGAACAAUUGAUCAACGAGCAUCCAAUUGAUGAAGAUGAAAGUGCAGAUAUUGCUGGAACAAGAAACGGUCUGUUGGAACAAGUUUGGGAUUGCUCGGUUGGUGCUGACGUGAUAAAAAGGAAUAUCUAUGAAGACUCUAGUGAGAGUGAAACAGAUGAUGAAGAGGAGUUAGCCAACUUUGUGGCAUUACCUUCAUUCGUGGAGCACAAAGAAGGAAGCGAAAAAUCUGAUUCUAUAUCAACUGCUGAAACAAGUAGUGAAUACUCCAACACAAGCAGCGAUUUAGGAAGCGAUCAAGAGGUGGAUCUUCAAGAUGAAUUCAAAAGUCUAUAUGAGAGUUGGGUUAAGAAAAGUAAAGACUACAUGAAUGAAGAUCAUGAAGUUGUUCAUAUGCUAAAAGUGAAGGAGGAACUUGCAGCGGAAAAAGAAAAAUCCAAACGGUUGGAGGAUGAACUCAUGCAGAAUGAAAAAUAUUGCUGGAACAAGAAACGGUCUGUUGGAACAAGUUUGGGAUUGCUCGAAGAGAGCCAAGAUGACUCAGACGCUGAUAGUGGUGACGUGCCUCAAACACAAGUUCCUGAGACGCAAGAAGAAGAAGAAGUGUAACGUGUUACAAUUGAUGAUGAUGAAACGUUCCAAAAUUCCGCUGCUAGAAACCAACAACGAGGUAGGCUAAAUUUGCAGUCAACCGCUAGACGUGGGAGUAGUUCACAAAGAUCUGGGAGAAGCGCAAGAGUUUCUAUUGGAAGUGGUUCACGAGGGAAUCGUAGGCGACAAUCGUUUGAGACAACAAUACAAGAUACCAUUGCUGGAUACAGAGAAUUCCAACGACAAAGUUUUCAACAACUUCGUCCUGGUGGUUUUGACCAAGAUGAUUAUGAUGAAUUUAAAAAGGCGGAAGCGAUAUUCAUUGCGCUAGACCUUCCCAAGCACACAAGAUUUUGGGCAUGCAUUAAUGCACUUAAGGAACUAGUAUUUUGGCGUAAGUAUUUCAUUGACAUAUCUGGAAGCAGUAACGAGGAUAAGCUACAACUAUUAGAAGCUAUGACUGGUGUCUCACGGAACAACCAAGAUGUGCCAAAACAGUUAAGGCCAUGCCAUUCAUUUGGGAGCCCGAAUUCCGGAGGUCUAUCAUCCGAAAGUCCAUCUUCUGUGGGUAAUAAUUUAGGAGGGCGAAACUCACCCGGUUUUUGGGGUCCCGUUUAUCGACAGUGGGGCACACCACCAAAUGCUCCACAGUGGGGCACACCACCAAAUGCUCCACAGUGGGGAACACCACCAAAUGCUCCUCAGUGGGAUACACCACCAAACUUUCAACAAAGCGGUUCAUCUGGAACGACUCCAGCAAAUGUCCAAUAUGGAUUUUCACUUGGUGGUCAGGGAGAACAUAUGAGGAAUACACAACAAGCUUCACCAUCCGGUCUCGGUUUUACAAAUUAUUUUGAAACUGGAAAAAUGCCACAAACACCUAGACCGGGAGGUUUUUUCAACAUUUGGGGAACCCGGCAAGAACCAAAUGCAAGUCAUCAAAGUGAUGUAGGAGAUGAAGAUUAG